CUAUGAUUUGCUCCUACAUGCAAUUUUCUCUCACUGAUGGACUUCAAUACACCUCACACUGUGUAUGUGUCUCCCUCUAUAGUCCUGCUGCAACGCAAGAUAUUAACUCCAGCCUCAGUUGGGGUGCACAAAGACCGGUCCUGAGGCCAUUUCAGUUGUCAAACUGAUGCUCAGUAAAGACGGGAUAUAGAAAGUAAGAGACAAAGGAAGCCACCUAGCCUCUAUCCUACUGCAGGUGCAUCAGGCAUGGCAGGGGAGGCAAAAUUAAUGUUUGGCAAUAUAUCCUAGAGUGAAGCAAAUCAGCUGCACUGAUGUUCUGGAGCAGCCUGGGGUUGUUAUUGGUGUUGCUGUCAUCCCAUGUGGGAUGCAGGAGGAGGGCAGUGACAGAUGAGCGUUGUGAGCCCAGACGUGUUAUUCAGAGCAGAGAGGAUGAUGCACUGCACAAUCCCAAGUCUUUCCCAUCUCAGGUGUUGUCUAGCACAAGCUAGAAACACCACUGAAUUCAAGAUUAGACUUUCAUAUCCCCAUAGGUAUAGAGUGCAGAGCAGCUUCCAUGUCACUGGAGUACAAAGAUAAGUCCUAAUAUGUCAGCAGACACCAACUGAAAAUAAGCCUUUCCCACGAAGGACCAGUAUGUAACACAUAAGCUGCAAGUGAGAACAAAGUCACAGGCAAGCACUGCACACAGCUCUGUUCCUUAAGGGCUAAGCCUUCCACAGGGAACAGGAGGGGUUCUGAGUAGCAGCCUAACCUCUGAAAGAGCUGCCAGGCUGAUGGUUCCUGAGGUGGGAGCUCUUUUGCCUGCCACUGACAUCUGCCCUAUAGCUCUGAGGAACUUGGCACCACAAAUCUGGAUGAGCCACAGGACAGAAUUACCCCAACAUUUACUAUUCCCCCAUGGCACUGGUUUGUUUGUCCUCCUGGCAAAAUGUGAAUAUACAGAGGAAAAGACUGACUUGCUUUUUAAGCAAAUUCUGCUUUAGUGAUGAUCUGGUCUGCUGUAUCCUUGCCUUAUGUAUACUUCCUAAAGGUGCAGCUUCUGCAAUCUGUCUCUUUUUAAGAACGUUUGCACUUUAAGCCUUUGUGGACAAAUGCUUGUGAAUAUGUGUUAGCAUAGGAAAGCCGAAUGGAUAGUGAGCAGCAGUCCAGGCAACAUGAGUAACUUGAGGAGCUCUCAGCCGAUGAAAAUGCUUGUGUCUGGUGCAACCCAGAGGAAUACAAAGUCUCAUAACAUGCUGCAGAGAAUCACCCUACCUAGCACUGGGACCAAAAGCAUUCUAGCCACAGUAGCAUGAAGCAUUUUGGGGAUUCAUUUAAUCCAGUUUAAAGUAUAAAGGAGCUGCACUACAGAGGAGAGUUAAAAUAGGCUAACACAGCCUAUUUGCAGCCCUCCUCUAGAGCUAACACAUAAUGUGCCUAAGAUCAGUGAGGGACAGAGACAUACCACCUUCUAGCACAUCCCAGCAUCCCCUGCUUCUUUCUAUGCUCCCCUCCCCACUCCUUGUUUUUCCCCUCACUCUUCUUGUGCCCACUUCAGCCCAGCACCAGCAGGAGCUGGUCCUGCUGCAGCAGCCACCAGUCUGAGCUGGGAAGAGGGUUAGUUUUCAUUUUCAGGAUGAUGAAGGGUUCAGCUGAGGAGUUUCAGGACAUGUGAUUUACAUUAUGAUUUCCAAGAGGUAUUUGUAUAUGCAAACACUACCAUCUGCUCUAAGGAAUACUUUGCAUUUUUAAAAGGUUAAUUCCAUUGCAAACCUACUGCUUGAAUUGGUAGCAGACCCCACUCUCAUUUGCUUACUGUAUUUAGUGUCACAACACACAGCCAGACAGCAAGCCGUGUCUUCAAAAGGGAAGACUGUUUAGUGCUUACACCUGGCACAGGGUUUCUCCAGAUUCUCACUGAAAUAACUUUUCUCUUCAUUGAUGAAUAAAAGCUAUUUUAAAUUACAGCCUGUUGUUAAACUUGGGAUCAGACAAUGGGCAUCUUGUUAAUCUGAGGUGAGUGUGAAGUCUGUAAUGAAUAAUUUGGUGCAUUUUCUUUCUUUCUCCCUCCCCUUUUGAGAUCUGUCUCAAACAGACUGCAGUUCUCAAAAUCCCUGUGGUUUGAAACUUUUUUUAAUUGUGUUUUACUCACUUAGCAAUUCACCAGGAGACUCAAUAUUGAACUGCAAGCUGCUAUUGUUGGGCACAAAAAUCUGUGUUGUGUCUUACUUUCUUCAUCAGGUUAGUGCAGGUACCUACAACUGCAAAGAAGAAAGCUGUAUUUUGGGAGCUAACAAUCUGGGUGAUCAUCCCUGCUAGUAAGCUAAAUGAACAGAAGAGUUAAGAAUUGUGAACUGAAAACAGGAAGAAAUCAUCUGUUUUUGUUUUUUCCAGAGUGUUGUAGGGGUUUUACUUUCAGCCAUGCUGCAGAGUUCCACCAUUUACCCAAACCUCUACCAGAAGAGGGAUUUGGACAGAAAUGGCCUGUUUCAGUUUCAAUGGUUUUUCAGUUCCACCGAAUUAAAAAGCAUGUAGAUUUUUAUUAAUUUGGUACUCUAUUAUAUUUUAUUGGAUUGAGACCCCCAAAACCAAAUCCUUAAACUCCAGAGAACAUGGAAUUAAAGUUCCACAGCUAAGGUCUGACCAUGCAGAUGGCUCUCAUCACUGCUGUCAGACCAAGUCCUCCCACCAGUCUAGAGUUUUCAUUUUAUCCAUUUUGAGACUUAUGCCCACCUGCAGUGCCUUGUUUCCUUGUUUCUCCCAAAGGAGAGAGUAAGUUUUGGCUUUAUAGUAUCAGUUCAGAUUUUCCCAGAGAUGUUCUGGCAUUUCCUUUCCCUGCAGUCCACAACUUUGUGCUCUGAAGCACAAAGACGAGUAGGUUUGCCUUUGCAGUGUGCUGUACGUGGUACAGGAGAGCAGCAUGAGAGCAGUAUCCUUUUCGGUCUAUUGAUACAAUAAGAGUAAUCCACUCCUGCAGCAAUGGAUACCAUUUACAUAGUAUUUUCUAUAAGGAGAGGUAGUCACUUAAUAGAAAGCCUCUUUAGGGCAGAUUUAGAUUCAUGUCAGUUGCCAUGAAACAUAAUGACAAAUGUAAGACCAUACCAGCCCUUUAAAACAGCUUGUGCUUUCAUACACCUCUUUUGGACAAGUAGGUCAGCAAUUAAUGAAAACCAUUAUGACUUUCAGUGCAUGCAAGAUGUUUGUGGUUGGUAUCUCUAACCACACUGCAGCUGGAAUAGGUUGAGACUUCCAAGAGUGUCAACCUGGACAGGAAAACAACCUGCAGCAUGCCCCGUUGGACAGGGACAAAGACGUCUGCCCUGCCAGCGCAAGCACAAAGCUGGCUAAGCUAAGAGCACAGGGUGAAAUCCUGAGCCCACUGAAGUUAAUGGGCUAUUAAUUUAAACGAGCCUUUACUUCUUAACUCAUGCUCAUGCACAGUUUUCAUUCAUAUUCCCUCACUUAAUGCCAUUUCUAGCUACCAUGCCCUUGAUUAGAAACAACUAUGUAAAGCUAAGAGCUAUCACAGAUGAACUGUGACCCCAGAAACAGCAAGAGAGUGAAGGGGCCAGGACUAGCACUGGGCUUCUAGAAAUUGGCAAAUGGAACCCAGAGCCCUGACCCCAAAAGCGUAAACAUUAACAAAAGGUAGGAGUAGCAAAUAUCCCUAGAAAAGCAUCAUCUUCCUAGGGGCACUAUGUGGUCUUCAACAUUUGCGAUAGUGAUCCACCACUGAUAGUUUUGUUUGCUUCUUUUUUAACCUCCAAGUAUUUAGAAGAAUGAUCUUACCUGGAGAUUGCUCUUCCUGACCAGAAUUAUAAGCCUGAAAGCCCAGAAGUGUCAAUCUGCAGGAUUCUUUGAUGUUGUCCUGUUUGGACAAAGUCCUGAGAACACCAGGAAAUCUAAGAGCAAGAGGCAAUACCUGUGCUGCCAACCCUUCCUUCAGUGAUACAUUUACCUUUUUAACAAUGGUCAGAGCUAAUUGUGUCUUUGAAGAAGAUGUGGGAAGAAGGGGCUGGAGUCUGAUCUAUGGUUUUGCAUGAGGAACAGGAGGAGCCAGCACAGCCAGCAGCUCCAGCAGGUCCCACUCUGCCUUUCCAGACUGUUGUGGGACUCCGGUGCCCGACCAACACCAUGCACGGUGUGGGCCUGCAGCCCUUAACUCCGCGUGCUCCAAAAAGGGUGAGCUCAGGAAUCAGUGGCCAAAUAUUCUCCAGCUGCAGAUUGCCUGCCAAGGGGCAGCUGUUCAGACGAGACCACAGGCAUAAUUUAGAGGCUGAACCCACCAAGAACUCAGAUGACCUUAGUCAGAUGAAGCACCCAAUGGUUACAGCAGUGCUGGUAUUACUGGUGCAGGUUUCUCAAAGUUUCCCUGCCUUGUACCACCGAGGCUGGUGGAGGCUGUUAAGGGAAGCAGACAGUUGUGGAAAAUGCAAUUUGGCACUUUGCUCUGAGCCUAAAGACUGUCCAGCUGGGACUGUAUUGGACCGUUGUGGCUGCUGUCCUGAGUGUGGGAAUGUGGAAGGUCAGAUCUGCGACCUGGACCAGGGCAAUCAUUUUUAUGGGCAAUGUGGGGACAACCUCGAGUGCAGGCUGGAUGCUGAUGAAGCAAGGUUCGGGGAAGUCCCUGAACCCCAGUGUGUGUGCAAGUCUCAAGAAAGCAUCUGUGGACCUGAAGGGAAAACCUACGAGAACAUCUGUCAAUUCAACAAGGCUUAUGCUACGAAAAGAAAUAUCAGCAUGAAACAUAAAGGGCCAUGUGAAUCAGCUCCUGUUAUUUCUAUGCCACCUCAGGAUGCCCAGAAUUACACAGGCAAUGAUGUCAUUUUUGGCUGUGAGGUGUCAGCCUACCCUAUGCCACAUCUUGAAUGGAAAAAAAAGGGGAAUAAAAUGUUCCUGCCAGGAGAUGAUACCCAUCUCUCAGUACAGGCAAGAGGUGGGCCUCAGAAGUAUGGUGUGACAGGCUGGCUGCAGAUUCAAGGCCUCAAAAAAUCAGACGAAGGUGUUUACAUCUGCCACACCAAAAAUAAGUAUGGUGCAACAUACGCCUCUGCAAGAUUGAAAGUCAUUGAUGGCCCAUCUCCUGCAUUUGCAUUUAAUGCUGGCAGUAGAAGUGCAAGCUACAGCAUUGAAUACGGGGAGUAUUAUGACGAUUCUGAUGAGGAAGAUGAUGAAGAAUACGAAUCCGGGGACUAUGAAAAUUGAAACAACUCUGAAUAAUAAUUUUUAUACAUCUGCUGUCCAAUACCUUUCACACUCUGUUACACCUGCUAGUAGUCUCUGUGCUGUAAAUGACUCCACUGAUAACACACAUACUCACUUGUGUAUCCACCUUCCUGAAAUUCAACUUUGGCUGCAGUGUAUCAUGGUACUUACCAGAAAUAAGAACAGUUGUAAAUCUACACAUUCAGACUGUUAAAUAAAAUCCUUAAACAUGAACCUGUCUACAAAGUAUACUGA